GCGCUUCCGGUCACCCCCGCAACGGCCCGGGCGCCUGGGUCCCCCCCGAACUCCUGGGUCCCCCCGAACUCCUGGGUCCCCCCGAACUCCUGGGUCCUCUGGGGCACUCCUGGGUCCCCCGGACGCCUGGGUCCCUGCAGGAUGACGUUGUUUCACUUCGGGAAUUGUUUCGCUUUGGCCUAUUUCCCCUAUUUUAUCACCUAUAAGUGCAGCGGCCUGUCAGAGUACAGCGCCUUCUGGCGCUGCGUCCAGGCCGGAGCCACCUAUGUACUGGUGCAACUGGGAAAGAUGCUGGUCCUGGCCACGUUCUUCCCCACCUGGGAGGGGCCGUCGGGGGGAUUUGACCUGCUGGGGGAGUUCCUGCGGGCGUCGCUGGACGUGCUGGACCUGCUGGGCCUGCAGGUGGCGCUGUGGCGCGGCGCGGGCCGGGGGGAGCUGCGCAUCCUGGUGGCCGCUCUAGGCUGGGCCGGCGCCGAACUCGUCUCCUCCCGGUGCGUCCCGCUCUGGGUGGGCGCCCGGGGGGUCGAGUUCGACUGGCGGCACCUGCAGAUGGGGCUGGACUCCAACAUCAGCCUGGUCCGACACAUAGCGGCCGCCGCGCUGCUCUGGGCCGGGGGCCGCCCGGAGCUGCCGCCCGCGCUGCGCCUGCCGCUCGCCGCCAUGUUGGGCGCCGCCGCCUACGAGGGCUUCCUCAUCGGGUGGGCGGGGCAAGCGCUGGGACUCGGCCCCUGGGGGGCGCUGGGGCUGCGGGCGCUGGGGGCGGCCGCGCUGGGGCUGGGGGCGCUGCGGGUGCUGGUGCCGCUGCUGCCCCCCCCGAAACAAUAAACAGUGAGGGACCCAGGAGUUCCGAGGGACCCAGGA